AUGUUGGCGUCUCCGAAAAUAUUCGUCGACGGAAGUCGUGCGGGCACCGAGACGGUCAAAUUGAGCGCUUCUGACUGUGUCACGUCCAUCGGCGAGGAAAUUCGCAACUCGGAUAACGCGUCUGAGACCAAAGUUCUGGGGGUCGCAGGACGUUUGCGACGCACUGCGGAGCCUGACGCCACCGUCAAGUCCAUCGGUCCUACCGGUGACGGGGCUCUCACGCAGACCAGAUUUAGCGGAGAAGUUGACUCCACCUGCGACUGCUCCACUGAGUCCGAACGGACUGACUUCACCACAGUCUCCGGUUUCGGCAUUUUCCGCGCCGGCACUUUCCGCGCACUGACCACCGGAGCCUCAGUCUUGGUCGUUGCCGAAGCGCGUGCGCUUCUUGUCAUGACGCGGUCGGCUGCGACGGGCACAGCCGCACGCAUGCUGCGCGUCAUGCCACGCAACUCCGCUGUAGUUGAUGCCGCCGUAGUUGAUGCGGCAGUGGUUGAUGCGGCAGUGGUUGACCCGGUCGUCGUCGGUUUGUUUUUCUUGGUGGCGGCGCGUUUGGCCUGCAAUAGUUUCCGACGAGUCGAAGUCGAUACAGAUGAGAUUCUUUCACGCACAACCGGCGUGGAUAUAUGCAUCCGGUCGGAUGUGGCCAAGACAACGAGACUCCAAUGCAGCGGAUCAUGGUCCUUUUGGACGCUCUCAACAACUCGCAUCUUCGAUAACCUCCUCGAUAAAAAAUUAUAA